UGGUGGUAAUAUUAUGAUUAUUAAAACGUAUUUGGUAUAAAAUAAACGUGUUUAAAACAAAAAAAAAAAAAUAUUUUAAAAAAUCAUAAAUAUUUUAUAAUUAAAAAUAAAAACCAAAUUGUGACAUUUAUAAAUUUAUUUAAAAUAAAAAAUUGUGAAUUAAUAAUAUUCUUUAGUGACUACUGAAAAAACAUCGUACAUACACAAAAUAACUUGAAGUCUCUAUAGUGAAAAAAAAUUCUGACACCAUAUUGGAAUUGAACAAGCAGCGCGUUUGUUAAUUUCAAUUUGUAUAAACGUCAAAAAAUUACAAAAAAAAGAAAAUUACAGAAAUUUUUAUUAUAAAUUAAAAAAAUUUUAAAUUUCUAGAGUUUAUUUAAAUAUUUUUAUAUAAAUUUAAUAAUGGCAACAAAAAAUAAUUUAGAAGACGAAGAAGAUUUUGAUGAUUCUGGAUCUGAUUUUGAUGAUGAUGAAGAUCCUGAUCAAAUAGAAGUUCCAGGCGGUGGUAAAAAUUUAGUAACAGCUGUAACUUAUGCCAAAAAUAGUAUUAAUAAUAAUAAAAAAGGUUCAUUAUUAACAGCAAAUAAUAAUAUUUUAUCUGGUGUACCAACAAUUAUAAAUAAUAAUAAUAAUAAUAUAGGAAAUAAAAUGCAAACAUCAGAAGCAACAAAUAUUUCAUCAAAAGCAGUAGCAACUAAUAAAAUUCCACCCAAUUUAGUUACAAAAAAUAAUACUAUUGGAGGAUAUGAUGUUAUAAAACCAUCUUCAAUUACAUCAAUAUCUGGAAUGCCAUUUACUGCUGGAACAGGAAUUAAUUCAGCUAUCUCACCCAUAUUUAAUAUGGGAAAUUAUGGCAUUAAUAUUACUACUGGUAGUGGUGGUGGUGUUGGUGGUGUCAAUGUUAGUAAUAAUAAUAUUGGAAAUACUUCUAUUGGUGGCUUACAAGCCUAUUAUCAAGCUGGAAAUAAUAUGGCGUCUCUUUUGGCGCAGAUGGGAAUGGGGCUUGAUUUUGGUAACUCAUCUGGUAGCGGAGGAAAUCCAAAUCAAUUAAGCAGUAUUAAUCAAUUGGUUAUACAAAAUCUUCAAGCAUUACUAGCAGCAAAUCCACAAUUUUUAACAAGUGGCAUUCCAAAUAAAUUAUUAACACAAAUGUGGAUGGAACCUCAAAAAUUUACGUCACAGAAUCAACAACCUGUUGAAGAUGAUGAAGGAGAUGAUGAAGAAAUGGGUGUAGCUGAAACAUAUGCUGAAUAUUGGCCAGCUAAAUUAAAAAUUGGUAAAAAACAUCCUGAUCCAGUUGUAGAAACAGCCUCACUAUCAUCUGUUGAACCAAGUGAUGUUUAUUAUAAACUUUCAAUACCAAUGGAAUCAAUAAAUGUUGGAAAUUUGAGCGCAUUACAAUUAGAAUCAAUAACAUAUGCAGCACAAGCUCAUGAUCAUUUAUUACCAGAUGGUACAAGAGCUGGAUUUUUAAUUGGUGAUGGUGCUGGUGUUGGUAAAGGUCGUACAAUUGGUGGUAUUAUAUUUGAAAAUUAUUUAAAUGGCCGGAAAAAAGCCUUAUGGAUUUCAGUAUCAAAUGAUUUGAAAUAUGAUGCAGAACGUGAUUUACGUGAUAUUGGUGCUGGUUCAAAAAUUAGCGUACAUCCAUUAAAUAAGUUUAAAUAUGCAAAAAUAUCAUCUGAAGUUAAUGGAAACGUUAAAAAAGGUGUUAUAUUUAGUACAUAUUCAGCAUUAAUUGGUGAAUCAAAUAAUAAAUCAGGAAAAUAUAAAUCAAGAUUAAAACAAUUAUUGCAAUGGUGUGGUGAAGAUUUCGAUGGUGUUAUCGUAUUUGAUGAAUGUCAUAGAGCAAAAAAUUUAUGUCCAGUUGGUUCUGGUAAACCAACGAAAACAGGUUUAACAGUUUUAGAAUUACAAAAUAAAUUGCCAAAAGCUCGUGUAGUAUAUGCCUCAGCAACGGGAGCAUCUGAACCUAGAAAUAUGGCAUAUAUGGUAAGAUUGGGUAUGUGGGGACAAGGUACACCAUUUCCAACAUUUAACGAUUUUAUUUCUGCUGUGGAAAAACGUGGAGUUGGUGCUAUGGAAAUUGUAGCAAUGGAUAUGAAAUUAAGAGGAAUGUAUAUUGCAAGACAACUUAGUUUUCAUGGUGUUACAUUUAAAAUUGAAGAAGUAAGCUUAACACCGGAAUUUAAAAAAGUUUAUGAUGACUCUGUAGGACUGUGGGUUGAAGCAAUGCAAAAAUUUACUGAGGCGGCUGAAUUAAUAGAUGCUGAAAGCCGUAUGAAAAAAACUAUGUGGGCACAAUUCUGGUCAGCUCAUCAAAGAUUUUUUAAAUACUUGUGCAUUGCCUCGAAAGUUAAUCAUGCAGUUAAAGUGGCAAGGGAAGCUAUAAAAUAUGGUAAAUGUGUUGUAAUUGGUUUGCAGUCUACUGGAGAAGCGCGAACUUUAGAGCAGUUAGAAAGAGAUGAUGGUGAACUAAACGAUUUUGUCUCAACAGCAAAAGGGGUAUUUCAAUCUUUGGUAGAAAAACAUUUUCCAGCACCAGAUAGAAAUCGAAUCAAUAAACUUUUAGGUUUGGAAUCAAAAAAACCAACAUUAGCUGAUAUAAUGUCAGAGGAUACGAAACCCAGUUCUUCAUCAAUAAACAUUGCUUCAUCAUCAAACUCGAAUAAAAGAAAAUCCAAUAAUAAAACAAAAAAUUCAAAUCAUAAAAAAUCUAGGGUAGGUUCAUCAGAUGCUAGUGAAAAUGAUAAUUCAGAUGAUUCAGAUUUAAAUGGUACUGAUACAGAGCUGGAAGAAUCUGAAAAUAAUAACUCUGACAGUGGUCAAAGUAGUGAUUUUAAUCCAUUUUAUAAUAGUGAUUCAGAUAGUGAUGCUGAUCCAUGGGUUUCAAGAAAUAACAAAAAGAAAAAAGUAAAACCUGCAACAUCAGCUAACAAUAAUAGCAAUAAUAACAAUAAUAGUAAUAGUAAUAGCAAGAAAAAGCCUCUAUCUACACAAGAUAAAAUACAAGAGUUAUUAGAGAAAAAACAAGGGGAAAAAUCUAUUAUUACACAAACUAUAAAUGGAAUCCAAAUGCAAUUAGGACCUCCACCUAAAGAUGCUAUAGAAAGAGCAUGUAGUAUGAAAGAAGAAUUAUUACAGAAAAUUGAAAAAAUUGGUGAACGCUUGCCACCAAACACAUUAGAUCAACUAAUUGAUGAGCUUGGUGGUCCUGAGAAUGUUGCUGAAAUGACCGGACGUAAGGGACGUGUUGUACAAAAUGAUGAUGGUUCAAUACAAUACGAGUCACGUUCAGAAUCUGAUGUACCACUUGAAACAUUAAAUUUAACUGAAAAACAAAGGUUUAUGGAUGGCGAAAAAGAUGUUGCUAUAAUAUCUGAAGCAGCAUCAAGUGGAAUAUCUCUACAAAGUGAUCGUAGAGCAAAAAAUAAAAAGCGACGGGUACAUAUUACAUUAGAAUUGCCGUGGUCAGCUGAUAGAGCGAUACAACAAUUCGGUAGAACACAUCGAUCAAAUCAAGUCAACGCUCCAGAGUAUAUAUUUUUAAUUUCGGAUUUAGCAGGUGAAAGAAGAUUUGCAUCAACGGUGGCAAAGCGGUUAGAAUCAUUAGGUGCAUUAACGCAUGGAGAUCGUCGGGCUACAGAAACCAGAGAUUUAUCACAAUUUAACAUUGAUAAUAAAUAUGGUAGAACAGCAUUAGAAGCUGUUAUGAAAACUAUAAUGGGCUAUGAAUCACCAAUUGUACCACCACCAACUGAUUAUCGUGGAGAUUUCUUUAAAGAUAUAGCUGGAGCUUUAGUUGGUGUCGGUUUAAUAGUUAAUAGUGAAGCAAUGCCAGGUGUGUUAAGUCUCGACAAAGAUUACAACAAUAUAUCAAAGUUCCUCAAUAGAAUACUAGGAAUGCCCGUUGAAUUACAAAAUAGGAUAUUUAAAUAUUUCACAGAUACUCUACAAGCAAUUAUAAGUCAAGCUAAAAAAAUCGGACGUUUUGAUUUAGGUAUUUUAGAUUUGGGUGCUGUUGGGGAAAACGUCACUAGAAUUAAAUUAAUUAAAUUUAUAAGAAGACAUGCAACAGGAAUAGCACCAGCUGAAUUACAUUUUGUUCAAGUCGAGAGAGGCAUGAUAUGGCAGGAAGCUAUUGAAAAAUUUGCUGAAACUAUAAAUGAAAAAGAAGGUUUUUACUUAUCUCAUCAAGCUCGCAAUGGUAAACGUACUGCAAUUUUAGCGUGUGAAAUCGAAACAAAACCAAAUCAAAAUAAAAAUAAAAAAGAAAAAUUAAAUAAGAAAGAUUUAAUGUUUCAAAUUUAUAAAGCAAAUACUGGACUGCAAUUCAAGCCAGAGUCAUUAGCUGAUAUAGAAAAAAAAUAUAAAAAAGUAACAAUGGAUGAAGCAGAACCACAUUGGACCCAAUUAUAUGAUGCUUCUGUAAAUACUUGUUCACAUGCAUAUUGGAAUGGAAAUUGUCGAAAUACUAAUUUAGGAAUAGAAUGUGAAUACGGGUUAAGACGAAGGACAUAUACAGUAUUAGCUGGUUCAGUUUUGUCAAUAUGGGCACGUAUUGAAUCAGUUUUAAGUGUUAAACAUAAUAAUAAAAUGCAAGUAAUUCGAUUAAAAACCACCGAAGGUCACAAAAUUGUUGGCACACUGAUACCAAAGACUUGUGUCGAAACAUUAAUAAAUGAUUUAAAAUCAGACGCAGAAAAAGUUGAUGAACAAAUUUUUUCUAAUGUAUAAAAAGAGAAAUAUAUAAAAAAAAAUAAUAUUAAAUUAAUAAAAAAAUAAAAAACAAAAAUAUUUUUUUUUAAAUAAUUAUACUAAUACCUUUUAUCAAACAAAAAAAAAAGUUUUUUAUUUAUAUAAUAUUAAUGAGACUUAUUAUGGAUAAAAUAUUAAAAAUGCUAGUAAAUAGAUAUGUAAAAAAAAAACAAAU